AGCGACGGGGCGACAUGGAGUUCGAGGAGUCCGGUAUCGGGGAGGAAUGCGGGGUUUUCGGGUGCGUGGCCGCCGGAGAGUGGCCCACACAGCUGGAGGUGGCUCAGGUCUUAACCCUGGGACUGGUGGCGUUACAGCACAGGGGACAGGAAAGUGCCGGGAUCGUUACGAGUGAUGGAGCCAGUUCACCUACAUACACAGCCCACAAGGGAAUGGGACUCGUUAGCACGGCUUUCCCGCCCGAGGCUCUUCUGAAGCUGCGCUAUGGUAACCUCGGUAUUUGUCACACACGCUAUUCGACCACCGGGAUCUCGGAGCUGCAGAACUGCCAGCCCUUCGUGGUGGACACGCUGCACGGCAAGAUUGCUGUAGCUCACAAUGGAGAGCUGGUUAAUGCCCAUGCCCUGCGGAAAAAGGUGAUGCGUCAUGGUGUGGGCCUCUCCACCAGCUCAGACAGUGAGCUCAUCACCCAGCUGCUGGCGCUGACUCCCCCUAUGGAGGAGGUGGAUGCACCCGACUGGGUUGCCAGAAUUAAAAACCUCAUGACUGAGACGCCGACGUCGUACUCACUGUUGAUGAUGUUCAGAGACGUCAUCUACGCGGUGCGUGACCCCUAUGGAAAUCGACCACUCUGCAUUGGACAGCUUGUUCCCAUCUCUAAACUGCACACUCCAGGUGCUGGAGAGGAGGACACGGAGGGGUGGGUGGUGUCAUCAGAGUCCUGCAGCUUUCAGUCCAUCGGUGCUAAGUAUUACAGAGAGGUCUUACCAGGAGAGAUAGUCCAGAUAUCCAGACAUGGAGUCAAGUCUCUGAGUGUUGUGCCUCGCCCUGAGGGAGACCUCCCCGCCUUCUGCAUAUUUGAAUAUGUUUAUUUUGCCAGACCAGACUCAAUUUUUGAAGGACAGAUGGUCUAUACUGUGAGGCAGCGCUGUGGUCGGCAGUUAGCCAUCGAGGCUCCGACCGACGCUGACGUAGUGAGCACUGUGCCAGAGUCUGCGACCCCCGCUGCACUGGGCUACGCUCAGCAGGCUGGGCUGCCGUACAUAGAGGUUUUGUGCAAGAACCGCUACGUCGGGAGAACGUUUAUUCAACCGAACACUCGCCUGAGGCAACUCGGAGUUGCCAAGAAGUUUGGGGCUCUGACGGACAAUUUCACUGGGAAACGAGUUGUGCUCGUCGACGACUCCAUUGUCAGAGGCAACACCAUCUCCCCCAUUAUAAAACUGCUCAAGGAGGCUGGUGCAACAGAGGUCCAUAUCAGAGUGGCCUCUCCACCGAUCAGGUUCCCGUGUUACAUGGGCAUCAAUAUUCCAACCAAGGAAGAGCUCAUCGCCAACAAGCCCGAGUUUCAGGACAUCGCUGGAUACAUCGGAGCGGACAGUGUCCAGUAUCUGACCGUGGAGGGUCUGGUGUCGGCCGUCCAGGAGGGGAUCGCCUCCCUCCAGGAGAAGGACAACAUGAUCAGCAGCAGUAACAAGCCCAGCAGGAGAGUGGGCCACUGCACCGCCUGCCUGACUGGGAAAUAUCCGGUGGAGCUGGAGUGGUAACCGCUGUACCAUCGCCAUGGUUACAGCGGCUCCGUGGAGUCGCUGCAGGCUCCCACAUGUUGAUGAAAUGUUCCCCAUAGACUGGAUGAGAACCUGGAAUUACACAACCACUUGCUCUGAUAACAGGAGUUGAAAUGUUGCUUUUGAUGACCUCUAGUGGUCGUAGUUUCACCUGCAGAGGUGUUUACUACAUCCUGGUGUCGCUGAUUACAGGUGCACAUCUGACCACACAACACUAAUGCUUCUUUUUUUUCCCCCCUUUUUGAAGAUUAUCUUGUAAAUGUAUUUUCAUGAGUCUUAGAACUACUUUAGUUUUCACAUUCCAAGCCUUAACAAACAUGAGCAUUACAUAGAGUUCAUCAGGUCAGAGAAGCGCACAAGGCUAGUGACCAAAAAGUGAAAUUAUCUAUACUUUCCUAAUCUAGUUUACUUUUCUACCUUUAUCUAAAAUUCAACACUGUGUUUCUUUUGUUUUGGGUCUGAAUGGGAAUGUUGUUUUCUGAACUUUAUAAUGGAAAAAUUAAAUAAUAAACAGAAAAAUGCAACGAGAACAA